UCAGAAAAUCGACUUCCGUCUCUCUCUCUCUUGCAGUUUCCAAUUCCCCUGUGCCCUACGCCCAAUUUUCUCCUUCUCAUUUCUCGACGAAGCGAAAGCGGAACCCUAGCGCCCAAAUCUCAGGCUCUUUGGCUACCCUCCGCACGCGCUCCAGCGCUCAAGCUCUCCAAUCAAUCUCGGUAAAAGGUUUGUAGCCGGAGUCUUCUUCUGUUGUCAAAUAUGAGUGGCCGAUUUUCUCGCACGAUCUACGUUGGCAACCUUCCCUCAGAUAUAAAAGAAUGGGAGGUUGAAGAUCUAUUCUACAAGUAUGGCCGCAUAGUGGAUAUUGAACUGAAGAUUCCACCGCGUCCUCCUUGUUAUUUCUUUGUUGAGUUUGAGAGUUCUCGGGAUGCAGAAGAUGCAAUCAGGGGGCGUGAUGGGUAUAACUUUGAUGGGUGCCGUUUAAGGGUUGAACUUGCCCAUGGUGGUAGGGGCCCAUCUUCAAGUGAUCGUCGUGGUGGGUAUGACCGAGGUAGCAGUGGCGGAGGCAGUGGUGGGGGCCGAUUUGGUGUUUCACGUCAUUCUGAAUAUCGAGUUAUUGUUCGUAAUCUCCCUUCUUCAGCCUCGUGGCAAGACUUGAAGGAUCAUAUGCGUAAAGCUGGUGAUGUGUGUUUUGCUGAGGUUUCUCGUGACAGUGAAGGGACUUAUGGCUUAGUUGAUUAUACAAAUUCUGAUGACAUGAAAUAUGCUAUCCGGAAGCUUGAUGAUACUGAAUUCAAAAAUCCUUGGGCAAGGACUCAUAUUCGGGUUAAAUACUACGAUAGGAGUCCCUCAAGGAGUCGUAGCAGAAGCCGAAGUCGUAGCAGAAGCCGAAGUGUGAGAAGGAAUCGGAGCAAGUCGUUGGACCGAUCUGUAUCAAAAUCAGUAUCAAGAUCAGUAUCAAGAUCUAGGUCUCCAUCGCCGGUUAAAUCUUCCAGGCCACGAUCAAUAUCAAGGUCAAGGUCAAGGUCCAGGUCAGAAUCACCCCGAGCGGCUCGGUCUGGUAGUGCCUGAUUCUCUGGCAAGUCAUCCUCGCGGCGUCCUUGUGUGUUAGAUCUGCGAAGAUUUAUCAUAUCUGAGUGAACUUGUUGAAAAUUUUCGUUUUUAAGAACCUUGGUUAUCUUUGUUAUGGCCAGUAUGUGUGCUUUUGAUACUGCCUAGUUAUUAUACAUUUAAGGAUUGCGUUUGUUAAAUUAUCGAGAAAACUCGGGUUGUUUUUUGGUGCUUGGUCUGUUUCGGGACAUAUUCAGUAGGCGUUAUAACGUCGGAUUUUCUGUUGCUUGCUUCGGUGUUUUGAUGUAUGUGGUUAAAACAAGACAUGAAAUCUGUUGGUUAUAGAUGUUGUAGUUGUGACUCUA